AUGAUAGAAAACGGAAACAUCACAUUUGAGCAGCCGGCUUCCUCGUCGGCCACAGAGAAGCUGUCCGGCGACGUGGAACGCGGGCUCAACAAUGCCGUACGGCUGGCCGAGUUGCCCGCGAUCUCGGCCUACUCAUCCUUCACAGCGGUUGACAAGGCCUCGGCUGUGGAGGACUUCUCGGUCCGGGGCAGGUGUGUGCAGUACUUCGAGGAGGAGGUCGACACUAAACACACGGAAGUGGUCCUGCUGGUGUGCUCGUUCAUCUCGGGAGUGGUCGACAGCGCGGCAUUCAAUGCGUGGGGGAGUUUUGCCAGCAUGCAAACAGCUCCGGUGGGCGAAAUCAUUGAUUGCGAUCGCGACGUUCAUGGUAUCAGUGCUGUCCUUUACGUAUAUGUCGCGCUGGCUGGGGCCGCUGCGACGGUCAACACUGCUGGGAUCAUUUGGGCUGCAGACGGCGGCAGUGCUGGCGAGCAGCGUGCUGGUGCAGACCGGUGUGGUAGACUCGAGCCUAGCGGCGUCACAGCACGGGAUCGACUGGCUAUCGAUGGUGCCCAUCACGCUACUGGCGCUGCAGGCGGCGGGUCAGAUCGUGACGUCGCGCAUGGUGCAGGUGGAGGAGAUCCCAACGGUGGUGCUCACAACGGUACUCGCGGACUUGUUGAUUGA